CUAAGGGUCGGACGGGAGUCCGACGGUCCGCGGUCACACUGGCAGAAAGUUUUUUCACAACAAAAAACCUCCGAAUAAGAUCUAAUUAACCAUCCAAUGUUUGUUGGUAGCAUUAAGAAACGCUUCUAAGCAAGUUGUGCGUGUGUGCCAGAAGGCUGCACCCCAGAAUUGCCAGCAUUUGCGCUGCGUUUCGGCAGCCACAACAACAGCAGCAAUAGCAGCAGCAGCAGAGGCAGCAACAACAACGGUGGAAAAGGAAAAUUCAGCCCAGCUGCAUUUCACUUAAUCGCCACCACAGGCAGUUUCUAUUAUGGACAAGAAAUCAUCGCCCGUGCGACGACAAAAGCGCCAAGCGAAAGUGAUUGAAGACAACUUUUGGGACUGCAGCGUCUGCACGUACAGGAACUCGGCCGAGGCGUUCAAGUGCCGCAUGUGUGACGUGAGGAAAGGAACCUCCACGCGAAAGCCUCGCCUGAACUCGGCGCUAGUCGCACAGCAGGCAGCCACACUGCCCGGAGCCAGCGGAAACAUGCCCAACGGUAAAUCCGCCUCCAGUUCACGGCACGGGAGUGGACAUGACAGGCAGCGCCACAAAAGAUACCCGGCCCGAUUGAAGAACGUUGAUCGCUCCACGGCGCAGACACGAGAGGUUACCGUCAACUCCGUCACCGUCUUCAUCACAGAGUACAAGGCGAAGCCGGUGAGCAGCCGGCGCGAGUCCAGCGAGCAGAGCUUCAGCGAGAGCAACGACAGCCGGAGUUAAUUUGCGGCCCGUUGCCAGCCCAAGCCCGUGCUACCUUUUGAUAUUGUGCGCCACGAUUCCCCAGGCCCCGACCCGCCCUGCCUCUUUCCCUCGUCUAAGUGUACAAGUAACAAAUUGUAAAUUCUAACUGUUAGGCCCGAAACAUAUGUAAAUCGAAAUCACCAUAAGUUAUUGAGUAUUAGGCAACGUUCGAAGCCCCCCGGUGCAUGGCUUCAGCGACUUCCAGCCCUGGCCAGUAGGGGGCAAAAACAGAGCGGGACAAAAGAUAGUAACGCAUUUACACGACCCUCUGCAGCCCCCUGCGAAUGUGCUACCCCUGUAUAUAUUCUACCAACAGAUACUGUAUGUAUCCAUCUCGUAUUGUAAUUCUAAUUCCUAAUUUAUUAUCGCUGAAUGCAUAUUCUGUAUAUGUAUGUUUUAUCAUGUAUAUUUUCGACAAGGAUAUCGUUUAUUUAAUAAGUUUUCAAUUAAAAUAUGAUUUAAAGAAAGCUAAUCUCGCUGUUAAGAGUGAAUCUGUGUGAAGUCCAAUCACCCGCAACAUGGUUUUGUGUGUUAGUAACCGCUUUUUUUUAAUACUAGGCAAUGCUGCUGUCUACGAGGAGAGGAGAAGAUAUAUCGAUGUAGCAUGGUUAUAGACAAUUUGAUAAUUUUAAUUCUUUUGUAUACAAGACUGAUUAAUAGUUACCACAAAAUAAAACACAGAUGCAUGCAUGCAACCUCCAAAGGACCCAGGCCACACUCCAGGUUCUAUUUUGUUCACAUAGGCAACCCUCCAAGCAAACAAUAGAAAAAUACUCGAACGAAUAACAAUACAAGUUUUGUACUUAGCAGAGCCCCAAAGGCUCUUCUCCGCCAUAUACCUAAUUAGAAAACGAAAACGAUGAAUUUUGAUAUAUUAAAUAUUGGAUAAAGGA